GUUAUUCUUUAGUUGUAUCUGGUGUUCGGUUUUUUCUAGAGUCACCUAUUCUGUAUGGAUUGUUUACGUUUAGGCACAGUUCGGUGAAUAUUGAUAUCCUUUUACGCCGGCUGGCUAGGCAUUGAUAAACAGAUAUGGAAAGGUUUGACAAAGAACCAGAGCAGGGAGGGAGAAUGUGCUGGUUUACUGCACUGGUUCUUGCUGUACAAAUACUAGGACUAUCAGCAGUAAUUAUGGUGGCUGUGUGGAUGGGACACUUCAGGGGUGGAUUUGCAUGGCAAAGUGAUCCAGCAAAAGAAUUUAAUUUUCAUCCAGUGUUCAUGGUGAUUGGGAUGAUCUUUCUGUAUAGUGAUGGUAUUCUUGCUUACAGAGUAUUCCGUAACAUGAAGAAGCUGUACAUUAAGGUUCUUCAUGGAAUGAUACAUCUUGGGGCCCUGAUAUUUUCGGCUGUUGGUCUGAAGGCAGUAUUCGACUCUCACAACCUGGCCAAAAAUCCUAUACCAAACAUGUACAGUCUCCAUAGCUGGAUGGGCAUUAUAACUGUUGUGUUGUUUGGACUCCAGUGGUUAAGUGGACUUACCUCCUUCCUGUUUCCUGGACUAAGUAUGGGUCUAAAGAAACAGUACAUGCCUCAUCAUGUGUUCUGGGGUAUUGCCAUCCUGACAAUGGCCGGGGCCACAGCACUCAUGGGAAUUACAGAAAAAGCUCUCUUCAUGAUGAAAACAUUUCCUGAGAAUGGAAGUAAAAUACCUGUGUUAGACUAUUCCCACAAACCACCAGAGGGAAUUCUAAUGAACUGUUUAGGAAUCGUGAUUGUGACCUUGAUAGCAUUGGUGAUCUACAUAGUAACUAGACCAGAGUACAAACGUGAGCCGUCACCAGAUGAAGAACAUAUAGAGCUAGUUAACUGACUGGGGUUAUCUGUCCCUGGAUUGGUCAUUAGGAAAUGUUGUAAGAGGAGCUGCAUAUGGCUGCUGAUUGCUUUUAUUACUGGAUUAAUUCUUUUUCUUUAAUAUAAAAUAACUCUGUCCGUAGAAAAGGCGUAGAUUUUAUCUGACAGUGUGUGAUGUUAUAUGUUUGGUGCUAUGGUAACCUGAUCAUAUAUCUACUUUGCUUACAACUCAAAAUUAAUAUUAAUAAAACACUACACAUAUAAACAAUGUAAAAUAAAAAGUCUACUGUUUAGGAAAUUUUGCAAUAUUUAAAAAUCAAUAUUAGACAUGACAAAACAUUAAUAUUUAUAUCAAUCAGAUGUAUGCAUUUAUAUUGUAUUAUCUUAAAAGUGGCUUUACUUUAUGGAUCUAAUUUCGUCAGUGGACCAAAUGGAACCUGAAAAGGAUAGCCAAAUUUAUUACUAACAGAUCAUUUGGUUGAAAAUCAAAAUAGAAUUGUAUAUAGAUACAAGCUUUUAUCGGACCACAGAUGAAUUAUCACGUUUUUAUUGGUUAAACGCUGUCAUGUUGUGACCCCCUAUGAGACCGUAUGGGGUUAGUAAGUUUCAUAUGGGGUUUAGGACGCGUUAAUGGCGAAGUCAUCUAUUUAUGUUGUUGUGUUUCAUUGUUUAUUUUUCAACAAAAAGCCGCAGAAAAAGUCCAGCGUCCGAUAAAUUCGUUAUACGGUUAACUACUCACCACCUCUGGCCUCACCCCCUAUGGAUUUUACUAACCCUCUAUGGAUCUGUAUGGGGUCAGUAGCGAACCAUAUAACUUAUAGUGUCAGUCUUAAUUUGAUCCAUAUAACCUGAGAUAAGGGUCAAAUAUAGGGUCAAACUAUGGUAUUUUGAAUAGAAUGAAUAAUUAUGUAUUUCACUAUUUCAUUCUGCCCAUUAUAUUCAAUACAUUAAUGCAUAUAUAUUGAACAAGACUUUUUACCAAAAUAUAGCUGUUUAUAUUUUCUAUAAUUAACAUAAAUAAGUGAUAUUAAGCCUUUUUCAUGUUGAAAUGAUGACAAUUAUUUUUUAACACCCCUUGGUUUGGAAUAUUUGAUAUUAGUAAUAUCCUUAUCUAGAUAUACCAAUUAAUGUUAUGUAAAUGUGUAUGUUUCAUGAUGCUGACAUACACUAUAUAUUAAAGCCAAAAUUUAUGAUUAACUUUCAAGAAUGACCAGUCCAGGUGAAUAAAUGGUAUAUAACUAUAGGUUUAAAGAUAGAAAUCUAUUUUUGUUUUGUGUUGUGAAAUAUAUUUUUGUAUGUGAUAAAGUCUUGUUAUAUUGUCAUGAUUUUAUUUACAUAAUAUUCUACUGAAAUCUUGUUAUGUUUAUACUUGUAUAAUAACACACUUCAUAAUACACAAUUACACAAUACCCAAAUAUAUUGUAAAAUAUUGUAAAAAUAGUAAAUGUGGCCUAUAUAAAAUUAUUAGUUUUGAAAAAAGUCCAUUUUUGAAGAUACUGAAAUGCAAAAUAAGUUUUAUGAGAUGGAUUUAAAAGUGGUAGCUGAAAUUAUAUCUAUUUCUUGUUUGUUUAACAAACUCACACAAUUUUACCACAAUUUUUUGUCAAUAAUUUAAAAGAUUUCACCUUUGGUGUCUAUAGUCCCAUCCAACCUAUUAGGAAGGACCACUGCAGGUCAAUGAUCAAUAAAUGACUUCUAUUACAUUUGUAUAAAAUUGUAAGUGGAAGCUUGACCAGUUCCUGUCUUUCAUAUCAUUCAAGUCAUUAUUUAUUAGUUUACUUUGUAAAUAAAUGUUUACCUUAGCUGUAAUGGUAAUAGACUUUGUUAUAAUUACUUGAGCAUAAUCUAAAAACUAACAGUCAGAUUGUCAGAGUUAUAAAUACUUUACUAUAAUGCAUUUAUUUUCAUUAAUACAUAAUCACAUGAGCUGGGACAGCUCUUCAUCAUUUUUUUUAGGAAAAAUUAAAAAUUCAGGACAGAAACAACACACAGGACCACUAGUGAAAUUAUUUUAUAUCUUUUUCGCAUUUAUAUUUGGUUACUAACAUAUUACUAUAAGAGAGGCUGUGAAAUUGGUCAAAUGUGAUAUAUUUUACAAGCACUAAUGGGCUAGGCAGGGCUUUGAUUGUUCGUGUUACAUAUGUAAAGCAAUAUCAUAUUUUGUUAAUUUAUUUUUGGGGUGUUUAUCUGUACCACAGUUAUCUGUGGGUUAUUAAUUUUUUAGGUAAAUCAUUAUUUAUCACUUAAGGUGGUACCCAACACUUUCACUCAAAUUAAUUUGGCUCCUUUAAUUUUCAUAAAAUUUUGUCAAAAUAUUUACUUUGACACUUUAACAAAAAUAUAAAAAUUUUGAAAAUUUUGAACCAACCAUUUUGUCAGAAAAAUUACACUGGUUAUAUAGCAGUUUGACAAAAACAUAUUUUGAUCAUUGAGAAGUUUUAUAUUCCCUUAACAACACGACGUCAUUAAAACGUUCUGCUGAUUUUACAGAGUUAUCUCCCUGUAGUGUUAGGUACCACCUUAUGCUCAUUAUAUUUAGCAAUUUAAUGUCAUUCCACAUAUUUUUUGUUACUGUUAUUAUAUUAAAAUAUUACUGUUGUUACUAUAUAUUGUGAUGCAUGCAUGUCAAUAAACUUGGAAAAAAGUUCUCCAACUCAA